ACCUACUAGUAGCUAAGGCUUGAACAAUGUCCAAACCAAACUUUUUGCAUAACACACUAGUAGAGUCUGAUUUGUUGACUGCAUCAUCUUGUAUCUGCGAACAAACAAUCUUUUUAAAAUUAUUUUCACUGCGACUAAAAUUUUAUAAAUUUAAUACUAGAAGUUAAACAAAAAUGGAUCAAAAUAGGACGAAUUCGCUCGCUGUCGACUGAAGAUGGCCGAAAGUUAUUCCCCGACAUGUAUUCUCAGUGGAGGCGAGACAAACAUGUGCCCUCGAAGGACGGGAAGGUGCGUCGCGGCGCCGGCGCGACUCGGAGGGCGCCCAAGGAGCCGGCAGUCGCGGAGCGGCCGCCGCAGGCCCUGUGCUCCAGCUCUUCCUCGUCCACGAUAGGCAGCAUCUCGCACUUCGAGGUCAAGAUGAAGAAGCUGAAGAGGAAGAGCAGCCGCACGGGGGAGUCCCAGCGGGGGGACAGCAAAGAAGACGUGCUGGAGCAGAGGUUCCCCGGGUUGUCGCUGGGGGGAACCGCGGACAAGAAGAACAACCCCCCGCCGCGACCGAGGGUGCGCGAAGGCCGCGGCGAGCACCUCGCGAGACGCGACCAGGCGAGGGACCCGCAACAUGAGGAGGAGGUGGUUCGCAGCAGGGCCGAGCCCCCGUCGCGGAUAUCCAGGACGGCGUCCCAGGCGUCUCGGACGACGACGACGACGACGGCGACGACGGCGCACGAGCCCGGCGGCGUGUCGCAGUUCGACCCGUACCGCGUCUCCCCCGGUCCGGCGGUGUACAGCCUGCCCUCGUACCUGGGGCGCCGGGUGCCUCACAAGCGGGUGGCCGGCGCGGCAGUCAUCCUGGGGCGCGGGAACCCGGGGCUCGGCCAGAGCAGGGACUCGCCCGGGCCCUGCUACUCGCCCGUCUCGCUCGACGUCUACAAGAAGAAGCAGCCCCAGUACUCCAUCUCGCCCAAGGACUCGGUGGACCGCGACUCGACCAGCUCGCCGGGCCCCGGGGCGUACAGCCCGCAGCUGGCCGGCGGCGGCUACCGCAGCAAGGGGGUGUCCUUCGGCAGGAAGCACUCCAUCUACCGCAAGAACCUCUACACCAGCGACGACCUCCUGUAGCCCGGCGCGCGCCAACGGGAAGCUGCCGUCACUAUCGAUCAACCAACUGCAGCGUUUGUCAAAUUAAGCAGUGAUGUCCAGUUUUGUGUUGAUGUAUAUUUUUUUUUAAUAUUGGUAACAUUUACAGUUUUACGUCGAAAAAAAUUUUUUUUUUCUUCAUACCAAACGGUAGUUAUUUAAACUUUUUCCUAACCUCAUAUGCUUCCGUCUAAGAUAUUACGGUAUGGAGUCAAUUUCCGGCUCUGAUCUUUCGCUCGCUGAACCUCAGACAAGUACCUCCUACCCCCCCCCCCCCCUCUCCGCGGAAGAACUCCGCCCUGAUCCUCUAAGCCAGGGGUCGCCACACUUUCGAACGAGAUCGGCCGCCUCAUGUAUUUUCUCUGCAUCCACAUGGAAUUUUAAGAUGAUAACAAAACGAGAUAAAAUCAAAUUAUUCUAUUCACAAACUCGAUAUAAAGUCUUAAAAAUAAAGACUACUUAGAAAAAGAUGUAAAUGUGAAAAAUAUUGUAAUCGUUAGUAGAGCUCUAGUGUACAAAACAAGAAAACCUAAAUCAUUUAAAUUAAUUAUUAAAGUAAAAAUAUCACCUGGGCUUUGUAAAAAUUUAUCGCUUAGUUGUAAAGGUAAACGUUGCAUCGCUUUCGAAAGCUCAGCUAUAUCUGGCGAAUGAACACGAAUUUUCAAUUUCAGACGUGACUGUAAAUUGCACAGCCCGUAAAAUCGUGUGGAAAGAGCCGCAGUCUGUCGACCCCGGCUCCAUCGUGAGCUCUACCAACAUAUUUUUAACAGAGUUGAGGGUCAGAGGUGCGGAGAGAACAUGCACAAGGGUGUAGCUGGGUGGACCCCUGGGCCCAGCCCUGUUUAUUUUUAAAUGUUUAACUAUUAUAAUUUUUUACAAACUAAAAAAAAA